UAAUUGUAUGUUUAUUGUUUAGACAUUCGACCUAUUACAAUCGUCAAAAAUAUUGAUAUAAGUCAACGUAAGAUUUUCGUCCAAUAAGAAUUGAACGUCAAUAUUUUCGGUCAUGUACUUUCAUAUGAUUGAAGCGAUGCUGUUAUUUCAUUUGCUAUAAAAGCAAAUCUGGAUUGAAAGAACUCUGUGAGACGAGUAUAGAUAUUUUGUGUGUUCAUAUUUUGUCAUAUACGUUAUUAAGCAAAUAUGCCUCCUAAAGCUGUUGGAAAAGCAAUUAAAAAGGCCAUUAAAAUCCCAAAAAAUGUUACUAUAAAUAAAGUAGAAGGAAAAAGAAAGAAAAAAAGAAAAGAAAGUUAUGGAGUUUAUAUUUAUAAAGUAUUAAAGCAAGUUCAUCCGGAUACAGGUAUUUCAAGCAAAGCAAUGAGCAUUAUGAAUAGUUUUGUGAAUGAUAUAUUCGAGAGAAUCGCUUCUGAGGCAUCUCGUUUAUCACAUUAUAAUAAACGAUCUACUAUUACAUCGAGAGAAGUGCAAACUGCUGUGAGACUUUUAUUACCCGGAGAACUUGCUAAACAUGCAGUUAGUGAAGGUACAAAGGCAGUUACUAAAUAUACAAGUGUAAAUAAAUAAAAAGAUUGUCUAUUUUCCAGGCUUUAAAAAAACCGGCCCUUUUCAGGGCCACUAA